CUUUUUGAGUGUUCUAUGUUUGUGUUUACGAUUUGCGGUAUGUUUCCAAAGCCAAGGAAAGAUUAGAGAUAAGCUUACUCUUCGAAUUCUUUGAUAUUUCCAGAAAAACUGAUAUUUUCAAACAUUUUCUUUACACUACAAAAAUGGAAGAUAAUAAAUUGAAAAACGAGAACGAAUGUGAUGCUAGUGCAACAGACAUUUCAAAGAAUCGUAAAAGAUCAUCAGAUCUAACCGAUAACCACUCCAUUAAGAAAAUGAAAUUAGAGUUGAAGAAGGAAGAGGACGAUACCGAUAUUGAAGCUUCUUCUGCAUCAUCUGUAAAUAGCAAUAGAUUAUGUCCCUAUCUGGAUACAAUAAAUAGACAAUACUUAGAUUUCGAUUUUGAAAAACUAUGUUCAGUCUCGUUAACAAGAAUCAAUGUUUAUGUGUGCUUAGUGUGUGGAAAAUACUUUCAGGGCAGAGGAACUAAUACACAUGCUUACACACAUUCUGUUGCAGAGGCCCACCAUGUAUUCUUGAAUUUACAAACAUUGAAAUUUUAUUGUCUGCCUGAUAACUAUGAAAUCGUUGAUUCAUCUCUAGAUGAUAUUAAAUAUGUUCUAAAUCCUACCUUCACAGAGGAUCACAUAAAAAGCCUAAAUACUAGCACUAAGUUAUCUCGUGCAAUAGACGGAUCUCUUUACAUGCCUGGUAUAGUAGGACUCAAUAAUAUAAAGGCAAAUGAUUAUUGCAAUGUUGUUUUGCAAGCAUUAUCUCAUGUGCAACCCCUUCGUGACUAUUUUUUAAGGGAGGAAAAUUAUUGUAAGGUCAAGAGACCGCCUGGUGACUCUUCCUAUCUCUUAGUAACAAGAUUUGGUGAACUGAUGAGGAAAUUAUGGAACCCUAGAAAUUUCAAGGCACAUGUAUCGCCACAUGAGAUGCUUCAAGCUGUGGUGCUUUGGAGUAAGAAGAAAUUUCAGUUUACACAGCAGGGUGACCCUAUUGACUUCCUUUCUUGGUUUUUGAAUGCUCUUCAUCGUGCCUUGAAUGGAACUAAAAAAAGAAAUAGUUCUAUAAUUCACCAAUCUUUCUUGGGAAGCAUGAAGAUAUAUUCUAGGAAGAUCCCACCAACAGAGUUGGACGAUAAACAGAAAAAAAACCUUUUGAGUACUGAGGAAUAUAUGGAAACUGUGACUGAAACGCCAUUUCUAUAUUUAACCUGUGACUUGCCUCCACCACCCUUAUUCAUUGAUGAAUUUAGGGAGAAUAUAAUACCACAAGUAAAUCUCUACCAAUUACUCAACAAAUUCAAUGGACAAAAUGAGAAAGAAUAUAAAACUUACAAGGAAAAUUUCAUGAAGAGAUUUGAAAUUACUCAACUUCCCCCAUAUUUAAUUUUAUACAUAAAACGUUUCACCAAGAAUACUUUUUUCGUGGAGAAGAAUCCUACCAUAGUGAAUUUCCCCGUGAAAAAUGUCGAUUUUGGCGAAUUCCUAACGGAAGAAGUGAAGGCCAAACACAAAAAUACUAUUUAUGAUUUAGUGGCCAAUAUCGUUCAUGAUGGUGAGCCGACAAAAGGAACUUACAGAGUACACAUUUUACAAAAAUCAACAGGAAAAUGGUACGAAAUGCAGGACUUGCACGUCACUGAUAUUUUACCACAAAUGAUCACCUUGACGGAGGCGUAUAUACAAAUAUAUGAAUUGAGGUCCUGAAUAAAUUGAUGAUUUAACAACUGUUUUAUUCAUCCAUUUGUAAAUAAAUAAAGAAACCAAAUAAAUUCUUAUUGAA